UUGCAGUGCAGAUUUCUCAAUAACAAAUAUCAUGGAGAUCAAUGAAGAAAAUUUGAAUCGUAUGUGUGAGUGUCUUCAACAAACAUUAUCUGCAGACCCUUCACAGCGCAGGCCAGCUGAGCAGUUCCUAGAGCAGCUUGAGGGCAAUGCCAACUACUCAGUGCUGCUGCUCACACUUGCUGCUCGUGAUGAUUCUCAAGUGCCUCCACCCGUCAAACUUGCUGCUGCCAUCAACCUCAAAAAUUUGGUCCGCAGAUGCUGGAAAGUUGAAGAAGGUGAAACAGACCGCAUCAGCAGCAAUGACAGAACUGUGAUUAAGCGUGAGAUUGUGGACCUGAUGCUGCGGUCUCCUGAAGCUGUUCAGCGACAACUAUCAGAAGCCAUCUCAAUUAUUGGCAAGACUGACUUCCCCCACGCCUGGUCUGAUCUCAUCCCUUAUAUGGCAGAAAAAUUCAAAUCAGGAGACUUCAACAUAAUCAACGGUGUUUUACAAACCUCGUACUCUGUCAUGCGCCGUUAUGAGUAUGAACAAAAGUCUGACUCCCUGUGGCGGGAAAUCAAAUUUGUGCUUGACAACUUUGCCUUGCCCCUCACCAAUCUGUUUGUGGAGCUCCUGAAGUUUGCUGCAGAGAACAUCAAUGAUGGCCCUGCCCUGAAAGUCAUCUUCGCCUCCCUUGUGUCCAUCACCAAGCUAUUUUUUGCCCUCAACUCUCAGGACCUGCCUGAGUUCUUCGAGGACAACAUGGGCGUGUGGAUGGAACACUUCCUGCAGCUGCUCACCUUCUCCAGCGCCCUCCUCGACACCGACACUGACGAGGAAGUUGGCGUUCUCGAACAGGUCAAGAGCCAGGUGUGCGAGAACAUCGGGCUGUACGCCAGCAAGUACAGGGAGGAGUUCGAGCCUUACCUCGAGCGCUUCGUGACGGUCGUGUGGGAGCUGCUGUCCUCCACCUCCCUCGCCCUCAAGUGCGAUCAGAUGGUAAGCCACGCCAUCCACUUCCUUAGCAGCGUGGCGGAGCGCGACCACAACAAAGGCUUCUUUGAGAACGAGGCCGUCCUGUCCGGCAUAUGCGAGAAGGUCAUCCUGCCCAACAUGCAGCUCAGGGCGUGCGACGAGGAGCUAUUCGCGGACAGCCCCGACCAGUGGGUGAGCCAGGAGCUCGAGGGCGCCGACUCUGAGACGCGGCGUCGCGCUGCCGUGGACUUCGUGCGCGUCCUCGCCAGGCACUUCGAGGCGCGCAUCACGCAUGUCUUCGGCGCCUACGUCCAGUCGAUGCUGGCGAGCUACUCCAGCAACCCCGAGUCGUGCUGGCGCCACAAGGUGGCCGCCCUCUACCUCGUCACGACGCUCUCCGCCAAGGGCUCAACCGCACGCCACGGCGCCACGCAAAUAAACGCGCUCGUCGACGUGGCUGAGUUCUACACCACGCACGUGUUGCCUGAACUCCAGCACGCGGACGUGAACCUGUUGCCGCUUGUGAAGGCCGAGUGUAUUAAGUACCUUAUCAGCUUCCGCAGCGUCCUGCCCCUGGACAGCGUCAGAGCUGCCAUGCCGCACCUCGUGCAGCUUCUGGGCGCGCGGUCGGUUGUUGUUCACUCGUACGCGGCGGCCGCCUUGGACCGCUGCUUGUCUCUGCGCGCGGCUGAUGGCGCUGCUCUGCUCACCCCAGACCAGCUCGCCGCCCUCGCCACUCCUGCAUAUGCUAACGCCUUCUUGGCAUUUGGCAUGAGCGGCUCUGAGCAGAAUGAGCACGUAAUGAAGGCUGUGCUGCGCAUCACCGAAGGUCUAAAGGAAAAAGUUGUUCCAUACGCCGCCGGUUUGCUGGAACAGCUUGUCACCAAACUUAAAUUGGUGGCCAAGAACCCAACCAAACCUCACUACGUGCACUUCCUCUUCGAGACUCUGGCGGUCCUGGUGAACCACGUCUGCGAUGCUGUUGAGUUCAACGCCGUUGCCGAGUUUGACAAGAACCUCUUCCCCGUGUUCCAGGAUAUUCUCAGGGACGAGGUGGACAGCAUCAUCCCGUACAUCUUCCAGCUGCUCUCAGUUAUGCUGGAAAAGCAGAAAUCUGCUGUUCCUGAUCCAUAUUUACAGCUGCUGCCAUUCUUGCUGAUGCCGGCGCUGUGGGAGCGGCCAGGGUAUGUCGCUCCGAUGGUUAGGCUCCUGCAGUCCUUCAUCUUGAAGGCCAACGCCAGGAUAGUGGAGGAGGGCAAACUCAACUCCAUACUCGGGAUCUUCAACAAGCUCAACGUAUCUCGUGCCCACGAUCAUGAAGGAUUUUAUUUGCUUCAGUCGCUGUUGCUUCAUGUGCCGCAUCAAGCCAUUGAGAAUUUCUGGCCUCAACUUUUUUCGGUUAUGUUCCGGCGACUGACGACCAACAAGACAACUAAAUAUAUUAAAAGUAUUUUAAUAUUUUUCAGUGCAUUCAUAAUGGUGCAUUCAGUCGAGAGUUUAGUGGUGCUCAUUGAGAGGUUACAAGCUGGCAUGUUCAGUAUGGUGCUUGAUAAACUCGUUGUCCCGGAACUGCCUAAAAUUGGCCAGACGGAGCGCAAACUUUGCUGUGUGGCUUUAACAAACGUGCUUUGUGACCCACGUGUGUACGCGGGGCAGUGGGGCGGCAACCAUUGGGGCAGUGUGCUACAAACCCUCAUUCAAACCGUCGAGUUGACCCACUCGCCUUCAGACUCCAACGAGGACCUCUUCUCAAAGAUGCAGGACAACCCUUUGUCCUAUGGCUCCUCGAAGCUCACCUACGCGCCUAAAGCCGUUAUUGAUCCUCUGAACGGCCAGGUGGCAAACGUAAAGCUGUACCUCGCACAGAAACUGGCGAAACUUUCGCAGGCACAGCCAGGAACCGUGCAGCAGAGACUCCAGCAGCUGCCGCAGAACGAACAGCUGGCGCUGCUUAAAUAUGUUCAAGAGGCUGGUGUUGCCAUCGCCUAGUAAGCAGCAGCCUCGUUAUCUAGUGAGGAAUUUUCCAUCGUAUCUAUUCGUAUUAUUCAUAUAACAUGAAGAACCUUUGUUAAAUUAGAUGCUUUCUGGAUUCGAUCUUCGUAACUGAAAUGUGUUACAUGAACAAUUGUAGACAAAUUCAAUAUCAUUGCUCAAGCUUCAAAUUAAAACCUUCUAAUCGUUACUUAUGCAUUUUAGUUUUACAACUGUUCACACCUGAUUCCUUUCUCAACAACUUAAUUAUUCGUAUAGAAAGACAAAAGUGGAUCGAUGUCAUCAACAUGAGGUUAGGCAGUAUUUUCUUGUUCAAUAGUAAAUAGUAUUCAUUUAGGGAGUUAACUUUGAUAAGAUUGUUGGUGAUUGCAAAUCACACAACAAGUUGAGCGCAUGAAAGUUUUGAGGUAUAACUUGUUCGUUAUUUUCUUGCCAAAUCUCCGCAGCUAAAAUUUCCUGUGGUGUAAUAUUCUCCAAUUUAUUAUAUUCUUUAACACAUUCAUGAUGUUGAAAGAGCUUCACUCGCCACCGCCGUGUAGCUAAACUGUGGCAAGUCUUACAUUUAACCUUCAGAUCGCAGUCACGGAGCCUGUGAUCGCGUCAUGCAAAGCUUGCUAUAAUUAUUGGUUUAUGGAGAACUUAGUUAUUUUCGGAUGUUAUCGGCAGUCAUCCUUACAUUUUGAUUUUAUUUCUUGUCGUCUGAGACGUUAUAAAAAAAGGCAGAAAUCUGCAGGUAUUCUUCCAAGUGUUCAUAACAUUUUCUGAGUUUUUUUUCUAAAAUCUCAGUUCUCUGAGAAGUGAAAAAUCAAAGUCGUUUAAGUACGCACUGUAGCUGGUGAUGAUUAACUUGAUGAUUAGCAGUAAUAUUUUUUAAAAAGUAUGCUGAUAAAUUAGCAUCUCUGCUUGUUUCUUUUUGUAUUUUCUCAUUUCUCACAUGGAUUAGAUUUUUUUGUUAUUGGCGGGUCUCCUUUAUUUAUUUUUUUAUAUCAAAAUUUUGAAAUUAAGGCGAAUAUUGUGUUGAAAUUGAAUGUUUCGGUUAUGUCUCUUUGAUGUUUUCAAUUAUGUGUUCUUAUUUUUAUUAUGGAAGGAUAAAUAAUUAUUUACAGAAUGAGUCAUUCAUGCUGUUGUGCAUUAAAUUAUCAUUCACAAUGAUGAUAAUCACUGCAAGUGAUGGUAAAAAAAUAGAAUAAAGUUAUAGCUUCAUCUUACGCCGCUAAACUAUCGUAACAAGUAUGUAACUUUUUUAUUUUUUAACUCCUUACGCCUUACAGUUCGCAUUUGGAAUAAUUUCUUGAAAAUAAAAAUUAUUUAAGCAAACGCGUAAGAUGCGAGGCUUAUUACAGAUUUUGUAUGAAAUGUUGAUUGUUCACGCUAGGUAGGAUUUUUUUGUAUGGAUUUUCAUGCGAAACCUCAAAUAAUUGAUGCUGGUAGAGCUUUUGAAAGGAAAUGGGCUGGACCGGCAUGAAUCUCACACCUCGAACGGGUUGUUUAUGAAUUUGAUUCAAACGAUGAGAAAAAAAAACUUGUAGCACAGGAGAUAACGUGCUCGGUUAUCAGCUUGAUCUGCUUGAGAUAAGAGUGUGCCUGCGUGAAUGAUACCUGGCUGUGGUAGACGAUAGCGUAUCUGUUAAUACGUGAGGUGUAUGUGAACAUCUCUUCCAUGUGGAAGUUGAGUACAUUUUCGUAAUGAAACUUCUUGAUGA